UGGGGAUGGAGGGCCUGCAGAAAGCGGACAGGCAGUGGGAGAGAUGCGGGGAAAGGAUGAACGACAGAGGGGCGGCAGGGAAUGCUAAGGAGGGAGGAAGCUGCCUUGUACUUUGUCAGGCUAUAUCUCCAUCUAGCCCAGCAUUGUCAACUCUGACUGGCAGUGGCUCUCCAGAUUCUUUGGCAAAUGCCUCUCCCGUCGCCAGCAACCAGUCUUCUUAAAACUGGCAAGGCCAGGGACUGAACCAGGGUCUUUCUGCACACCAAAGCACUGAGCUUUGCUCCCUCCUCAGAAUGUUGGAAAGGGGUCCAGAUGACUGGAAUCUCAAAAACAAAACAACCCCUCCCAAGUGUCUCUAACAGAGUAUCUUUCCUCCCCUUAAAGACCCACACCCCCUGGGCAAUGCAGCCUACACGCCGGGGCCGCCUGUCCAUAGCAGGACCGAGCGUUCUUAACCCCACCACCAACCCUCAAGACAACCUCACAAGCAGCCCCUCCAUCUCUGGGGAUCUCCGGCUGCUCCAUACGAUGUAGGUAACCAGGGGGGCAAUGGGUGUGAAUUAGGGGUGGAGGGGAAAUUCAAUUCGUAUUGAAGGCAGAAUCUAUCAAACCCGCACUUUCUGAAAUAAGACGGAAACUGAAAGAUGGCCUUCGAUAUUCAGUUAUCCUGAUUUUGCAAAUACUGUUUGCCAAAAUGAACACAUUAGGUUAAAGUGUGCAUAAAAAUGAGUCUGUUGGUGAAAACAACAUUGAAAUGAAUUCUGUUACGAUAAUUUGGCUGCAAAAAAUGUGUACAGUAGUCAAAGCUGCAAGGAAAAAAAUGGGUUUAUUAAGAGAAAUUUGCACUAAAAUGCUGAAGAAUUUUCCUAAGGAAAACCCCAACAGAGAUUUAAAAUCACAAAAUAUGCAGCGAGGUAAAGCACAGAAAGAUAGGCUGUUUGACCUUUAAAAUAUGCCAUUGUAAAUUCCAAAACUUCCCUCUUCUCUCAGCAGAGAAAAAAGACCACACGUUUGAUAAAUUAAAAAUUGUUUACUUACAAACGCUCUAAAGGUCAGAUUCAUGUGCUUUUCUAUACAGCAUUUAGCUACACAGGCAGUAAAACCUGCCUUAGUCACAGUAGUGAAAGUUCUUAAAUUAUUGGUAUAGGAACUCAAGAGAAGCUUAUUAGAGCUAUGCGCCUAAGCUGGAGCAACCAGCUUAGCCUCUUCACAAACCAAGUUCAUCAGGUGGAUUGGAGGGGAACAAAGGUUUGAUUACAGAGUCCUUCCCAAGCCAAGGUGAGCUAAGCCUGGCAGGACAGCUUGCUUCAUGGUUUUAACCCCUUCGUGCAUUAAUUAGACUUAAGUAUGUUGGUUAUCUUACAAAAUUGGCAGGCCUUUUCCUCCCUAGAUGCUAUGUACCCCUCUCACCUCAAAACUCACCCAGACCACCUGCAUUUUUCAAAAUGCUGGUGAUUACAUUUACAGCCUUUCAUGGCUGAGGUCUGGGACUCUUAAGGACUGCCUUCUUCCCGCAAAUGAACCUGCCCACACUUCUAGUGUUGACUCCAGUUUUUGGAGGCCUCUUAGAAAAGGCAUUCUCUCUGAGUCCAUCUCAGGAGAUGCCAACAUGGUGCCCUCCAGAUGUGGUAGACCUACAACUCCCUAUCAGUCCCAGGCAGAGCGACCAACAGCUAGGGAUGAUGGGAGUUGUAGUCCCACAACAUCUGGAACACAUGGCAUUGGCCUAUCCCUGGUUCACCUGCUCACUGAAACACUUCAGUGAUCUCUUGUCAGGGUGCCCUCUGCUGGGGUGUGGGCUAUCUUCAGAAGCCCAGCUGGCCUCUGAUGAUGGCUUUGCUUUCACCAUCUCCCACCGCAAUCAGAAGCGAGAUUGUUGGUGACAUGCGGCAGCCUUCUCUUCUGCGGCAUCUAGAGUUGCACACACACUGUGCAUUUAAAGCCUAUAUAAAUCAUAUUCCUCCCACCCCAUCCAAAGAAUUAUGGGAACUGUAGUUUGUUAAGCAUGCAGGGAAUUAUAGUUCUGUGGCGGCAAAUUACACUGCCCAUAAAUAUUGAGGGUGGGUGGGUGAAGUAUGCUUUAAAUAUAUACAGUGUGUAUGCAGCCUAGCCUGUGGAGCUUCCUUCCCUUGGAGAAGUGUAUUAAAAAUAAAUAAAAAAUCUGUGGGCUUUUUGAUAAGCUGUCAAACCCUCAUGUCUUCAUCAGGCCGUUGCCUUGAUCAAGUUGUAUAUCACUGCCUUCAUCUGUUUUAUUUGACGAGGUGGCUUUCGGCUGCAAUGUGACUGCGUCAUUUGAUCUUGUUUUAUUGUGGAUCGUAUGCUUUCAUUAUUUAUAACUUCAUUUGUUAUACAUGAAGGCCAAUAGGUGAAAAAUAAAGGCCUAUAGCAGCCUUCCCCAUCCUGGUGCCCUCUAAUUAUUUUAGACUACAAUUCCUAUCAACUGAUGGGAGUUGUAGGUCAAAGUCUCCAGAGGGCAUCAGGUUGGCCUAUGGGCCUAUAUGAAAAUGUAUAGUUUUUUGUUUUUUGUUUAAAAGACAGCCUAGAAAUUCUAGUGUAGAAAUGACUAACAGAUAGACUAAAUAAAUAAAUACAAAUAAUCUGGGCAUAUAUUCCCUUCCCCAACAGAGAUUGUGGAGAUCAGCUUCUUUGCUGCCAGUUCAAUAAUGAAGGGACACGGGUUGCAGCAGGAAUACGCACUGGUACCAUUAAGGUCAGUCUCACGGGUUAUUACGGUCCAGACAAAAUAUUGACGACGGCUGGAUUUGGCCCUUGAGCUGCUGGCUCACCAACCUUGAUCUAUAUUAUAACCUGCACCACAUUCUGUUUCCACUGCAAAAUACCGUGCUCCGUGAAGAUGUCCAUCUCAUAAGCUGGGCUGGCUUUUGUCCCAUGUUUGUCCCAUUCUCUAAAGGAUGCAGAGCUGGUUCCAGGAUUGGAGGUCCUUCGGACAUGGCACCCUAAACUGGACAUCCUCUCACACACAAACACAAUCUAGAAGAGUCAGGACAUACAAAAUGAGAAUUCUCUUAGGCUAGAUUUGAUCUUCUUGAAUAACCUUUGCAGAGUGGAGAGCCAAGUGCUGUCUGCUGGUCUUGGGGCCUUGCAGAUGCCCAGUUCUGCCACCAUCUGAAGGCAGCCCCGAUGUGCUAGUCCACUUCCUGGGGUUCAUACUCUGGGCUGAGCUCUACACAAAUGGUAUCUCGCAGCUCAUGCUGUGCAGAGAUCUUGGAGUGCCAUCUUCUGAAGACUCCGAUUUUUGUUCCAUGAGAAUAGUUAUUUUUAAUGUGUGGUACACAUAGAGAUGGGGAGGUAAUUUGAUUCGAUUUACAUGAUCUUUUGCAUGGUGUAUUCAUGUGUUGUGUUCUGCCCACCUCUUUGCGUUCCUUACAGCCUCUUUCCCCUCCUCUGUUUAAGGUUUUAUCUGUCAACGAUGGGUCACUUCAUCAAGUUCUUGCUGACAGCGAGACUGUAGCCCUUGGGUUACCUGUCACCUCCCUGCACUUUAUGCCUCGUGGGCCUGCUCACAACGGGGAUGUCUUGCUUGCCACCUGUGAGUAACACCUUUCCCUUGACCUUUGAGCAGAGAGGAGGCAACCCUGAACUUCAGCCUUAAUGACACCAGGACCAGGUGCAUGACACAUGUGCUAUUGAACUGAUGGCAGACAGUGACUGUCAGAGUGGUGUCAAAUUCAAGAUACGUAUCCAUAGACAAUUGCCAAAGACAACCAAUGCAGCCACAUUUGAUUUCAGAUGUCAAAAAAAAGAGAGGGCUCCGGUAAAAAGGAUUUUUUUUAAAAAAAAAUUUAUUAAGUUUUACAUUGCAAAUUUUAAUUUAAACAUCAACAUUUAGGAUUCCCUGAAUCCUUUGACUCUCCUCCACCCUUUCAUCGUUUCCAUUAUCGGUAAAAAUGAUUUUUAAAAGAAAAGUCAAGAAGAAAAUAUCUCUUCUUAAAGUUUGUGAGUUAUUCACUGGCCACUCUGGGAAACAGGAUACAGUCAAACCUCACUUCUUGAAUAGCUCCGUUUUGGAAUGUUUCAGGUCCCAAACGCUGAAACCCAGAAGUAAGUGUUCUGGUUUUCAAAGUUUUUGGGGAGCUGAGUGUCUGAUGCAGUUUCAGCUUGAGUGCAGGAAUCUCCUGCAACCAAUCAGAAGCUGCUCCUCGGUUGUCAAACACUUUGGAAGCCGAACAGGCUUCCGGAACGGAUUACGUUCAACAGCCAAGGUUUGUCUCUACAGUGGUACCUCGGGUUACAAACUUAAUUUGUUCCGGAGGUCUGUUCUUAACCCGAAACCGUUUUUCACCUGAGGCGUGCUUUCGCUAAUGGGGCCUCCUGCUGCCACCGCACUGCCGCCAUGCAAUUUCCGUUCUCAUCUUGGGGCAAAGUUCGCAACCCGAGGCAACUACUUCCAGGUUAGUGGAGUUUGUAGCCCAAAGUGUUUGUAACCUGAGGUACCACUGUACUAGAUAAUAAAGGCCUUUGGUCAUAUCCAGCAGUGCUGUUCUUAUGUCAGCAUUAUGUGCAACGCAAAUAAUGGGUGUAGAAAUGGGUACAGAAUCUUUUCUCUCUCUUUUAAAGCCAAUAUUCUAGCCCCUGUGGUGAAAGUGUGUGGGAAAUGACUUGUCAAAAACUCAGAAUCCAGAGAGGUGCCAAAUAAGAUUCCCAAUGGUUGGAAUUGGAACAUCAGUGUUUUUGUUUCUCUCACAACUAGCAAAAUAUUGAUUAACAAUUAAAGUAGCAAAAUAAGGAAAAUAAAUUAUACAAAACUGAUACAGGUCUCAAAACCCAGCUUUUCCUGCUGCAGAUUCUUUCAUGUUUAGUUAUUUUUAAGGUGUUGUACACAUAGAGAUGGGAAAGUAAUUUGAUUCAGUUUACAUUUACCUAAUUCAUUCUUUCUGAAUCCAUCCUUCACAAUUUGUACCUCUCCAAAUUUUGUGGCAUAGUGCUCUAGCUAAAUAAUGUGCCCCAAAAUGCAUAUGCUAGAGUAAAAUGGGCAUAAAGAAACAUACAAAAGUGCACUAUAUUAUGGAAAACUGAUUUGUACACAUUUGCACAUUAGGCAAAAUUACAUACAAAAAUGUGUAGGAGAAAUUUGGGCUAAAAUAAUGAUGAAUUUCCAUGAUGAUUUUAAAAAAUAAAUAAAUCACAAAAUGCUGUGAAAAUGUGGGCAACCGAACUCAAGGUUGGAAGAAUGAAAAACAGAGAGAAACCGAAAUGGACUGAUUCACCUAUCCAUAAGUACACACGACCCUGAAUACUAGUAAACCCUCUUGUCACAUACAGUACUUCCAACUGGGUUUUCUCCAAAAUCUGGCAGCUUCCUCAAUGGUGAAUGUGGAUUUCUGCAAGCUGAUUCAAGUCAGAAAAAUGUGUUCAGAAUUCUGUUCUGUUCCUGCCUAUGCCCCAUGAAAAUAUUUGUCUCAGAAGCCUACCUUUCAUGUCGUAAUAAAUCCUUUGGCCACUCACUCUCUCCGUCACAGAUUCCGGUGGGAAAGUGAAACUGUGGCAUGUUCCCUCCCGCACCUGCGUGAGAACCAUAACGGAGGACCGCCAGACAAUGAUCGCCUCUUUCAACCCUUCUGGCUCCAAGUUCAUCACAGGGGGAGCAGGACCCGGGAUUUACAUGUAUGAUGCUCAGACCUGGGCAAAAAUCCAGACUUUUAGCCCAAGGUAUGCUGGACGCGGGUGGCACUGUGGGUUAAACCACCGAGCCUAGGACUUGCCGAUCAGAAGGUCGGCGGUUCGAAUCCCCACAACAGGGUGAGCUCCUGUUGCUCGGUCCCUGCUCCUGCCCACCUAGCAGUUUGAAAGCACGUCAAAGUGCAAGUAGAUAAAUAGGUACCGCUCCGGCGGGAAGGUAAACGGCAUUUCCGUGCGCUGCUCUGGUUCGCCAGAAGCGACUUAGUCAUGCUGGCCACAUGACCUGGAAGCAGUACACCUGCUCCCUCAGCCAAUAAAGCGAGAUGAGCGCCGCAACCCCAGAGUUGGUCACGACUGGACCUAAUGGUCAGGGAUCCCUUUACCUUUACCUUUAUGCUGGUAGUAGGACACCGGGCAGUACUAAUAGGGGGAAUUGUACAUGCAGUGCACUGGAUUUAGUAGGGUGUGUGUUUCGGCUGGCUUUUGGUUUCCUAAGCAGCAACUCUUUUCUUCCUCCAGCUAUUCCCCCACUGUGAUGGAUGGGCACACGUCCCGGGUCUAUGCCCUGACCUUCUUCCCGGAUAACGAUGAACGAUUUAUCUCUGGAGGAUGGGAUGACACAGUGCAGGUGAUGGGGUCUGUGAUGUGGGAAGUAGAAGGCUUGGGUGAGGUGAGGGGCAAAAAUGAGUGUUGGUGGGGCUGAAUUACUGGGGAAUGUGCAAUGUGAGUAUCCAGGCCCAGCUCCAGAGGGGGUUGGGUCAAGUAAUUGUUAAGGCCACAGGAAGCUCAAAGGCAUCUUGGGAAAAUUCUCUGCUUGCAUUCUCUGCACGUACACCUCUUCCAGAUUAGGGAGGCCCAAGUCUCCACCUCCAGCCCUGGCAAAAAAAUCCUGAAACUGGCACCAUAUUUUAGGGCACACUCUCUUUGUUGGGGGCACAGCUCCAAAUUCCAGCAGGACGUUAGCAUCUCCCAGAAUCCUUUGCAAUGUGCAGGAUUUCUGCAGCAAAUCAAUGGCUCCCAAGUCCUGACUGUUUUCUUUGAAGGCCAGCACUGCGUUCUUUGAAGGCCAGUGUGAGAUGGCCACCUCAGGCAGCAGGUGUUGCGGGGUUGGAAGGAAAAUGUUUGGAGGACAGAGCUGUAUUUGUCAUUUGGUCUGCCCUGUGCCCUCUAAGCUAACUGGCUGUCCCAUUACCGGUGUGAUUCAACCACCAGUCUAGUCAAUAUCUGUACAUGGAAGGGGCGUCAUAUUGUCCUUUUGCCUCAGGUGGCAGAAUAUCUUGGCUUGGCCAUGCUAUAGGAAGGAAGUUUAGACGCCACUGGCCUUCCUCCCUUGCAGUGGAGGCUGGUCCAUUAGGGGAAAUGGGACACUCUCCUACCAAGCUCCUGUACUUUUCUGUGUAUAGCACGCCCCCAUGUAUAAGACACCCCCUAUUUUGGGGGACUAAAAAUACAGUGGUACCUCGGGUUACAGAUGCUUCAGGUUAUAGACUCCUCUAACCCAGAAAUAGUACCUCAGGUUAAGAACUUUGCUUCAAGAUGAGAACAGAAAUCAUGCAGCGGCAGCGCGGCAGCAGCAGGAGGCCCCAUUAGCUAAAGUGGUGCUUCAGGUUAAGAACAGUUUCAGGUUAAGAACAGACCUCCGGAAUGAAUUAAGUUCUUAACCAGUGGUACCACUGUACAGAAAAUGGGGGAGGAGAGCUCAGAGUUGUUGAGCUUUUUUUAGGGGAGGAUUACCGAAAACCACGCACCCACCUGACCUACGCUAACACUCGUGCAAUAGCCUCCUAAUAUCUGUCCCCUCAGCGGCAGAAACAAUCAACAACCAAUCGACACCGCCCCUUGCUGAGGCCACCAAUAACACGCUGCUGACAAUCUCCGGCUCGUGACAUCAACCAAUCCCAUGUCCCCACUAUGCACUAUCCAUGCAUAAGACGACCCCCUAUUUUAAUCAUAUAUAUUUUUGUAAAAAAACAUAGUCUUAUACAUGGAAAAGUACGGUAAUUCUGCCCUUAGGCAGUGCCCCACCUGUCAGCCUUCCUGCUUACAGCCAGCCCAUUGGGUGACCCUGCCUGUCAACUGCCUCCUCCUCAGUCUCCGUGCUCAGCAAGGAAGAGGAGGAUGGAGCAAAGCAAACAAUAGUUGGCUCUGCCUGACAUUAGCUCUGGCGCCACCUACUGUUGGACUCCCUGUCUUUUGCCCUAUCAACGGGCACCAGCAACCCCUGCUUUUCUGUCAGCUUAGGCAAAAGGGAAAUGUUAUCAGGCAGAUGCUGGAGGGAGAACCCCACCUAACCUCAGUUCUCUGGCUUCUGUCCCCUCAGUUCUGGAGCAUGCAGUCAUCACAUGCCUUACGGUACGCCUGCGCAGCCACCCCCUACUUCCCCCACUGCCCUUCCCCUUCUCACCCUCAAUCUUCUCUCACCCUCCCCACCCACCUUCCUGCUUUUUUUUUUUUUUUAUCUCCUCAGCCUUUAAUGAUUCUUCCCCUCUCUUCUUGCUCUCGCCUCCUCCUCUGCACCCUUGCUCCACCUUUGCCACAGGCGCAUCUCUGGGCCUCACGUCUGUGGUGAUGCCGUCUCGAUAGACAAAACUGGGACACAUAUCCUGACAGGCUCCUGGAGGAGGAACAACACCUUGCAGGUGAGAACUGGAGAAAGAGGUGCUUCGGAGGUGGCUAUAUUUUUCCCUGGUGGAGUGAGGAGGGUCCAUGGCUCAGUGGCAGAGCAUUCACUUUGCAUGCAGAAGGUCCCAGAUUCAAUCCCCAGCCCCUCCAGGUAUGGCUGGGAAACCGCUGCCAGUCACUGUUAAGCUAGAUGGACCAAUGGUCUGCUUUGGGAUAAGGAGCUUCCUAAGCAGCUUGAAGGGGGGAAGAUUGAUUUAUAUUUAGGGCAAGUGAAGAAAGGAUUAAAUAUUCUACCUCAGGGUUCUCUUUCCCCAAAACUCAGCCCCCUCAAGUUUGCUAAUAAUUAAAAACUAAGUCAAAUCCCACAGGGGGUGUAAAGGUAAAGGUAAAGGAACCCCUGACCAUUAGGUCCAGUCAUGGCCGACUCUGGGGUUGCUGUGCUCAUCUUGCUUUAUUGGCCAAGGGAGCUGGCAUACAGCUUCCAGGUCAUGUGGCCAGCAUGACUAAGCCGCUUCUGGCAAACCAGAGCAGUGCACGGAAACGCCGUUUACCUUCCCACCGGAGCGGUACCUAUUUACCUACUUGCACUUUGAUGUGCUUUCAAACUUCUAGGUGGGCAGGAGCUGGGACCAAACAACGGGAGCUCACCCUGUUGUGGGGAUUCGAACCGCCGACCUUCUGAUCGGCAAGUCUUAGGCUCUGUGGUUUAACCCACAGCACCACCCGCGUCCCUACAGGGGGUGUAGUUUGACUUUAAUUAGAGGUAGUCAGAGAUACAUUGCUAAAAAUAAACUGUGCAUGUGUAAAUAAUGUAUGUGUCUUUUAAAAAUGUCAAUUUUUUUUUUUAAGAAAAAAGGGGGUUUAACACAAAUACUACUUUUUACUUCAACCAGAUUUGGGAAGCUGAAACUGGCUCCAAGAUCAUGGACAUCCCAGAAGACUUCAGGGGCCACUCGCAGGUUGAAGACCCUUUUUUGACCCCAUUCCUCCCAACCCUUCCUUUUGGCUAAGCAUCUUGUGUGUUCUCCAGGCCUGGCUCCUCAUCUGGUCAUAAAAUGUACUAGAUUACUGAGAGGGUCCCCUUUCCCAUCUUCUAGUGAGGUGCUAGUGAGAUGUAUGGCAUGGUGGGACUCAAAAUGUUCCCCUUUCUUCAUUCUGUCCUUCUGCCUGAUUCUCUUCUUCCUCCUUCCCCAGAUUUAUACCUGCCACUUCCUCGGUGUUGACCAUAUUGUAGCUGGUGGGAGCCGGAAUAACUUAUGUCGGCUCAUUGACAGGAGAAUCCUCAUGGUAUGGUGGCUUAGCUGGGGUCGCUUGUGGGAAACAGCUGUGGCUCAGGGGGGGAGCAGAGGCAUUGUGUGGUGAAGCCCCAAGUUCAUUACCCUCUGGUGUCUCAAGAUCAAGGAAACCGGCAUUGUGGGUGAUGGGAAAGAUCUAUGCCUGAGAUCUUGGAGAUCUGCUGUUAAUCAGAGAAGACAGUACUGGGUUAGAUGGUCAAAUGGCGUAGCCCCAUCAACGAUGGUCCAGAAGUUCUUAAACUGUAGUCUGUGGACCAGCCGUAGUCCACAAGCUCCAUCCAGGUGAUUUGCUGAGAGUUUCUGGAACAACCAAAAAUAUCUGUAUUCCGACCUGCACUUGUUGUUUUUUCUGACAUGGAAAUUGAGGCCCUUUUGAUUGACCAGGGUUAAUCAAACAGGUCAACAAGACACUGAUUUAAUGCCUGUGGUUUUUUUAUAAUAUAAUCAUCAAUAUAAUGUUGAUGAUGUUGGCACUGAAGCAAGCAAAAAUAAGUGUCCCACUGAGGUUUUCAGCCAUUUUCAGGUGGUCUACUGAGGGUAAGGUUACCAGAUGUCCCUGUUUCCCGGGGACAGUCCCCGGAUUUACAAAUCAGUCCCCAUACAAAAUCCAUUGAAGUUGAAAAGUGUCCCCGGAUUCACUGAAAAAAAUGUGGUAACCUUUACUGAGGAGGCAGUGUUUUGAGAAGCGCCAAUGGAGGGUAGCUCUGUCCCAGGCUUCAUCUAUAUGCCACAUUAGCACUUAGCUCUGCAUGGAUCAAAUAAGGGGUGGGGCUUUUCACACCGUGGCUGUGUUGCAUUCUAAAUGUGAGGUUUGCAUUCAUUGAUUUUAUAUCUUUUAACCCAGUUUGCAGACAAAUACUGUCUCCUAAAGUAGUUCAUACCACUAAACAAACAAACAAAAAGAUGUAGAGAGGCCCUGAUCUGUGGCUUACAAACCCAAAAAGGCAACACAAACAAGGGAAGGGGAGUAGUGGGAGAUCAGUGCCUGAACAAAGGGGUAAGUUGCAAACAUACAUUUUUGUCCCAAUGGAGCCAGAGUGAUCCUCCCUUGCAGGCUUUCUUGCUUGGAUAGAAGUGUUGCAAUGGACCCACCAGCCCUUGUUCCUCUGACAGGCGGCAGAGAUCGGAGUGUGCUGUCCUUCUGACCCAGGGCAUUUGCUGCACACAAUGGCACAUCUUUCAUGCGCAAAUCAGUGCUCAACUUACAUUAUUGUGGAAAUGAAUACCCAACCCCCACUCGUCCCUCCCUCCACAUCUAGCACAUCCAUCACUAUUAGAUUAGGGCAGGGACAGGGAACUUGCGGCCCUCCAGAUGUUACUGGACUGCAACUCCCAUCAUCCCUGCCCACUGGUCAAGCUAGCUAGGGCUGAUGGGAGCUGAGGUCCAACAUCAUCCGGAGGGCAGCAGGUUGCCCACUCCCUGGAUUCUGGCAUCCACCAUCAGCUGUGGCUGUUCCAUGGCAGCACAUUUCUGAAUACAAGUUUGAGAACCUGCAAGUUGUAAGCAUUUGCCUGGCCUCUAUUGGAAACAGGAGGGUGGUCUAGAUGCUCCUAUGUUCUCAGGUUGCAUGACUCAGUGAUAGUUGGUUUUUAGAAAGGAGAUGGAAAGGGUUGGUGGGAUGCAGGAAGAAGAGAUCUGGGGAUUCAGCCUUCUGCCUUCUCUGAUGUGUUGUCUUCUCUUGCUUUGCUGCCAGAGCACAGGGGUACUGAAUGACCUGCCUGGAGGUGUCUACAGUACUCAUGUCAGCCCCCGUGGGGUCCUAGCUGCUACUUCCAACAAUUAUUUGUACCUUGCACAGACUCCACUGAGACCUUGAGCCCUCCCCUUUCAGACGGCUCAGCUUGAAACUCUCACUACAGAAUUAUGUCACCAACACCUUCCCAUCAUGCUGUGCUUCAAAUGAUUGUUGAAACCUUCCCAUCAUGCUCUGCUGUUUAAGGACAUGCUGACACACCUGGCUAUCCUCUGAUAAUUAUCCUCUGAUAAUUCUCUGCUCUUGUGGACAAACAAAAUCAUGGUCUACCACUGGAGACUGGAUGUGGCCAUCCCAGCAUACUCUGCUUGCAUCAGCAGCUUCUCAUCAUGCUCUUCUUCUGGUGAUGAAUGCCCACCACACUUGUAACCGUCUCAUCAUGCUUUGCUUCUAUGGAUGCCUUCCUGGCUUGAUCCAAUGCCAAGCUCACCAUGACUACGUCAGCAGUUUCGUCUUCCGUGGACCAUGUACUAGCAACCAGUCUUUGCUCCUAGGGAAUUAUGACCAACCUCAAUAUUUCCCAAGACUGCAGUUACUUUCCCAUCAUCCUCUGCAGCAGCUGUGACUAAUCCCAUCAUCCUCUGCUGCUGUGGGCCUGUGGUCUCAUUGACUGCUGCUGUCAUGCAGUUCAUGGGCUUGUUCCCAGAACUCUCUGGGGCUUGAAACAUUUCCCAUAAUCCUGUAUUGUAAAGAAUCAUGACAACCUAACAAAAGAAGCCAAUCACUCUUUGGGACCAUAACCAUCUUCCCAACAGACGCAGAGAUGGGUAGCCCUUCGUGUUUCUGCAUUGAUUUGACAUCCCUGCUCAGGGGUUAAAAAUGAAAGUACAUUUCUUUCUCUCUCUCUCUCUCUCUCUUUUCCCCACAUCCCAGUUUGGCUACCCUAAAACACUGCCUUGGUGCCAAAUUAAACCAUCAUGGCUGGGUC